CUUGUUUACACAUCUUUAUUUAAGCAGAUCCAAAGAACAAAAACGUUCCGGUGGAGGCCAACAGGCCUGUAAUCCGCCCGCGUCCGGAUUUUGUUUUAAAAGCAAUUGGACAAGAAGCUAGAGACUAUGACUAUGCCGCUGCUAGGAUUCAAGGAGGACAAAUAAAAACCACGAAUUUCAUAGAAACAGUGGGCAACUUCAUCAAAGCAUGUCUGGGCGGAGGCGUGGUCGGUAUCCACGCGGCCUACAAAAAGUGUGGACUGAUCAGUGGGCUUAUCAUCAACAUCCUGGCGGAUUUAUGCUUGUACACAGUAAGAUGAUUCUGGUGUCGUCAGCCCAGCUGAUGUACGGACGGCUACAGGUGCCAAGUCUCACGUAUCCCGAACUCGCCGAGGCGUCACUGAAGACAUGCCCAUUUCCAAAGCUAGCUAAAUAUAGUAGCGUCUUCAGGUAUAUGGUAGACACAACUAUCUGCAUAAACCUCUUCGGCUCUUGCUGCGUGUACUCAGUGAUAAUAGCUCGAACGAUAAAACAACUACUGGAACUGGCAAAUGUAGUCGCAGAAGCAAGUUUACGGGUCUACAUUGCCUACAUGCUCAUUCCCUUAGUUCUCAUCGCCAUGAUUUUGAAUUUGAAGUACUUGGCGCCAUUCUCUAUCGUGGCGAACCUAUUAUUGAUACUUUUGGCUUUCUCUACAAUAUACUACGGAUCGAAAGCAGCCACCAAGUCCCCCACGGAGUUUCCAUUGAUCAAGGACGCAGAAGGCUUCUUUGAGUUUCUCGGAGUCUGCAUAUUCAGCAUGGAAGGCAUGGGAAUGACGAUUCCUAUUGAGAACUUUAUGAAGAAACCGAAACAUUUUCCUUCGGUAUUAUGCGUGGGGAUGUCUGCGGUGAUUAGCAUUGUAGCGACAAUUGGAUUCUUCGGCUACUGGGGUUUUGGUGAAGAGGCCAGUACUCCUAUCACUAUGAAUUUUCCGUGGGAACCCUACCCGAUCAUUUUGAAAAGCAGUUUGGCUGUGGUUCUCUACGUGACGUUUGGUCUUAACUUCUGGGCCCCCUUCAACCUGGUGUGGUACUACAUCAAGGUCAAACACAACCCGAACAGAUAUUGGUGUACAGAGCGUGUGUACAGAGCUAUAAUUGUGAUCGCGCUUGUCUUGUUUGCCAUAGCAUUCCCGAACAUCAAUGCCUUUAUGGGGUUUAUCGGUUCCUUCGGGGUCGGUUUAAGCGGCUUCAUGUACCCAGCCACCAUCGAUAUCAUAGUCAAGUGGCAUGACCCUGGCCUCGGUUGGCACAAGUGGAAGCUUGGCAAGUUCUUCCUGGUUUUCGCUUUUGGCAUGUUCCUGUGUCUUAUGGGGGGCUACUGCAACCUCAGGAACUUAUUGACGGAGUCCGAUGCGUAAUCAUUUGCACCAACCCAAGAAGUGCGACCAAAAAGUCUCAUUAUAUUUGAAAAAGAUAACUUGGCCGUCACCUUUGGUCUUCAAAAAACCUAAUGCGCAGACGUUUUUCGGAAUACGACAUGCUGACAAAGCUAAGUAAGAAUUAUCUAUUAGUCUCGCCUGGCUUUCAGAUUCCUAAUUGGCAAACGAGGCUUACCUAAUUAUUUGGGAUUUUUAAAAAUAUGUACCUAUUGUCGAACUACACGAGGCACAAAUAGCUACCUCCUGGAGCUGGAGCUACCUAAGUUUGCUAUUGCGAGAAAUGUUUGAAUAUCAGACGCUUAUAUCCCAUACCAAAUUACAAUAUUGUUCUGCCUCCCGAGGACAUAAGUAAAGUACCUAACUGUCGACAACGAAUAGUGAAUGCAAAAAAUCUUAAAGCUUUGAAACGAUUUUGUGUCACCCGAUUGCGCUGCACAAUACAAUGAGACAUGACCAAAUGAGAUGAGCAAGAGAGAUGUGGUGCAAGUGUUACGGUUAAAAGGUUAAACAAUGUAAGUACUUGGGGAUUUAGAAGAUGUUACUUAAGUGAAGUCUUUGUAACAAUUUGUAAAUAUAGCAUUUGUAAAUGUU